AUGGAGGUGGUGGGCGACUUCGAGUACAGCAAGAGGGACCUCGUGGGACACGGGGCCUUCGCCGUGGUCUUCCGGGGGCGGCACCGCCAGAAAACUGAUUGGGAGGUAGCUAUUAAAAGUAUUAAUAAAAAGAACUUGUCAAAAUCACAAAUACUGCUUGGGAAGGAAAUUAAAAUCUUAAAGGAACUUCAGCAUGAAAAUAUCGUAGCACUCUAUGAUGUUCAGGAAUUACCCAACUCUGUCUUCCUGGUGAUGGAGUAUUGCAAUGGUGGAGACCUGGCAGAUUAUUUGCAAGCUAAAGGAACUCUCAGCGAAGAUACCAUCAGAGUGUUUCUGCAUCAGAUUGCAGCUGCCAUGCGAAUUCUGCAUGGCAAGGGCAUCAUCCACAGGGAUCUCAAGCCACAGAACAUCUUGCUGUCUUACGCCAGUCGCAGGAAAUCCGGUGUCAGUGGUAUUCGCAUCAAAAUAGCGGAUUUUGGUUUUGCUCGUUACUUACAUAGUAACAUGAUGGCUGCAACACUGUGCGGAUCCCCAAUGUACAUGGCUCCUGAGGUUAUUAUGUCUCAACAUUAUGAUGCUAAGGCAGACUUGUGGAGCAUAGGAACAGUAAUAUACCAAUGCCUCGUUGGAAAACCACCUUUUCAGGCCAAUAGUCCUCAAGACUUAAGGAUGUUUUAUGAAAAACACAGAAGCUUAAUGCCUAGCAUCCCCAGAGAAACAUCCCCAUAUUUGGCUAAUCUUCUUUUGGGUUUGCUUCAGAAAAACCAAAAAGAUAGAAUGGACUUUGAAGCAUUUUUUAGCCAUCCUUUUCUUGAGCAAGUUCCACUAAAAAAAUCCUGCCCCGUGCCCGUGCCCCCGUGUGCUGGCUCCGCCUUGGGAAGUUCCUGCGGCAGCUCGCCGCUGUGCCGCUUUGCCUCUCCACCAUCCCUUGCAGAUAUGCAGCAUAUUCAGGAAGAAAACCUAUCCUCCCCACCAUUGGGCCCUCCCAACUACCUACAAGUGUCCAAAGAUUCUGCCAGUACUAGUAGCAAGAACUCUUCUUGUGACACGGAUGACUUUGUUUUGGUUCCACACAACAUCUCGUCAGACCACUCAUAUGAUAUGCCAGUGGGAACUGCCGGCAGACGAGCUUCAAAUGAUUCCCUGGUGUUUGGAGGACAGUGUGUGCCUACUGUGUCACCUCCCAGUGAAACAGCACCAAUUCCAGUUCCUACUCAGAUAAGGAAUUAUCAGCGCAUGGAGCAGAAUCUUACAUCUACUGCCAGCUCUGGCACAAAUCUACAUGGUUCUCCACGGUCUGCAGUGGUGCGAAGGUCCAACACCAGUCCUAUGGGCUUCCUCCGGGUGGGAGCCGGCUCCCCAGCGCCCGCAGAUGCAGCACAGACAGUCGGACGGAGACUCUCCACUGGGUCUUCCAGGCCUUAUUCACCUUCCCCUUUGGUUGGUGCCAUUCCAGAGCCGUGGAGUCAGUGCUGCUGUGGGCGCCCGCAGGGCCAGGAGUCCGGGAGGAGGAACUCUUCAGGUUCUUCAGUGCUGCAGGCUCAGUCACCACAGUCUUUCUUACUGGGUGCUAGACUGCAGAGGGCCCCCAGCCUCACCGACAUCUACCAGCACAAGCAGAAGCUCAGAAAGCAGCACUCCGACCCCGUGUGCCCGUCCCACAGCGGCGCUGGGUGCAGUCACUCCCCUCAGCCCAGUCGGCCUGGCAGCCUGGGGACUUCUCCCACCAGACACCUGGGGUCCUCUCCACGGAGUUCUGACUGGUUCUUUAAAACCCCUUUACCAACCAUCAUUGGCUCUCCUACCAAGACCACAGCUCCUUUCAAAAUCCCCAAAACACAAGCAUCUUCCAACCUGCUAGCGUUGGUUCCUCGUCAUUGGCCUUCUGAAGGGCAACCUAAAGAUGGGGAUGACCCACGAGAAUGCCCUCAUUGUCUCUUACUGCCAGGAAGUGAGAGGCAGACGUCUGAGCAGCAAAGCAAGGCAGUGUUUGGCAGAUCCGUCAGUACUGGGAAACUAUCCGAUCAGCAAGUCAAGACACUUUUAGGUGGACGUCAGGGCAGCACAGACAGUUUAAAUACAGAACGACCAAUGGAUAUAGGAGCCUGUGGUGUGGCCCUGGUGCCUCCGGGGGGAGCAACAGCAAGUUCCAGGGCCGUCCUGUUCACUGUGGGGUCUCCUCCGCACAGCGCCACGGCCCCCACUCGGACCCACACGGUCCUUCGGCCAAGGACAACCUCAGUGGGCUCCAGCAGCUCGGGGGGCUCCCUGUGCUCCGCAAGCAGCCGCGUGUGUGUGGGCUCCCCGCCCGGGCCCUGCUGGGGGCCCUCCCCUCCAGGAACAGAGGCAGCCCCCAGCCUGAGAUACACGCCUUAUGGGGCUUCUCCCCCCAGCCUGGAGGGGCUCAUCACCUUCGAGGCGCCUGAGCUGCCGGAGGAGACACUGAUGGAGCGAGAACACACAGACACCCUGCGCCACCUGAGCGUGAUGCUGACGUUCACGGAGUGCGUGCUGGACCUGACGGCGGCGCGGGGCGGCCUCCCGGAGCUGAGCUCGUCCGCCGGCUCCUUGUACCAGGCGCAGGAGAGCGUGCUUGUGGACCAGAUCAGCCGGCUGAGCAAGGACUGGGGGCGGGUGGAGCAGCUGGUGCUCUACAUGAAAGCGGCCCAGCUGCUGGCGGCGUCGCUGCAUCUCGCUAAAGCCCAGAUCAAGGCUGGGAAGCUGAGCCCGUCCUCGGCGGUGAAACAAGUUGUCAGAAACCUGAACGAACGGUACAAGCUGUGCAUCACCAUGUGCAAGAAGCUGACCGAGAAGCUGAACCGCUUCUUCUCCGACAAGCAGCACUUCAUGGACGAAGUGAACAGCGUCACCGCAGAGAGGCUCAUCUACAACUGCGCCGUGGAGAUGGUGCAGUCUGCGGCCCUGGACGAGAUGUUCCAGCAGACGGAGGACAUCGCGUACCGCUACUACAAGGCGGCCCUGCUCCUGGAAGGCCUGACCAAGAUCCUCCCGGAUCCCGCGGACGUGGAAAACGUGCACAAGUAUAAAUCUAGCGUCGAAAGAAGGCUGUCUGCGCUCUGCGGCCGCUCUCCCACGCCCUGA